ACAGAUUCCUGCUCAUUGUUAGACACUGUUUGGAGGGGAUAAAAAUUAUAGGUCAUAGUUGUUGCAUAUUUGGUGUCAGUUUAUUAUUAAAAAGCUGCUGAUCUCAACGACACUAUGUACCUGUUAGGCAUAAUAAGUAACACAUAUUUUCUCUACAGCUGCCAUGGAAACAAAAAUAUGAUAGAUUUGCAUUGUAUAGUUCGAUGUGCAGUGGUUGAAGAUUCAUUGCACCUAAGUGAACCUACCUAAUCGCGAUUUCAUGUUGCCUCUUUGAAACGAUUUGACUCACCUUUGACACCUCCAACGAAGGCGUAGGAAGUGUAGUGUCACUCCACUGGAUGCCAUUUUUUCAUUGAACACAAGAGCAUCAACCUAUAUCUCCAAAUAGGUAUGAAAAAGUAUUAGGAUGAUUUAUGAGGAAGCAACACUGAGAAAAGUCUGCUCCUAUAUUACACAUAUCAAAGACCAUUUAUGGAAAAGGACUCAGCUAGUUUGCUCAACUGGCAAAAUUUUUGACUUUUAAUCAAACAUUCAACCGUAUUAAUCUUGCAUAGAAAAACAGUCUGUGGGAAGCGUAUAGCAAUAAAUGAAUAUCUAACAUAUAAAAUGACGGCUUCAGAAACGUUAAUUGGACUUUGUAUGAGAUACCUCCAGUCAUACCAUAACACGCUUUCAAUGAAAAUUAAAAUAAAUACUGGCUGGUUCAAAUGCAGCUUUAAUGUUCGUUUUCUAUUUUCCGAUAAAGUCAGUGUGCGUGUGCAAUGUGUAUAUGUAGGUUUUAGGUGAAUCUACAAUGGGUGUUCUAUGGAGUAUGCUAGGCUACAAGUGCGCCGAAUUGAGGGACGACGAUCCAGAUCCAGUAACUACCCUGACUUCAAAAGAUAAAUUUAUUAUCCGGUCAUCCUGGGCUAGAAUAAUGAAGAACCCCAUUGAAAAUGGAACAGCGAUAUUAACUUUGUUCUUCGAGGACUAUCCGCAACACAAACAGUUAUUUCCAUUCAGAGACGUACCAAAUAAAGAGUUAGGACAAAACAAGCGAUUUCAAGCCCACUGCAGCGCUAUUAUGUACUCCUUGACCUCUGUCGUUGAUGUAGUGGAUAAACCAGAUCUGUUGGUAACCAUUUUGAUGAAAAUUGGACGUGAUCAUGUACCAAGAGGAGUUAAUGAACAAGGACACCUGGAGUUGAAAACAACGAUAGUCAAGGUGUUUAAAACGUUAAUGAGUGAAGAAGAGAUGAAAUCUUGGACAAAAGCUGUAAAUGUUAUAUUUGACGUGAUACUGAAAGGUGCAGGGGAAAUCAAGGAAUAAGCUGGAUAGUUUUUUCAACGUACUUAAAUAAUAUAAUUAACGUAUUAUCUACCUUUUUACUUUUUACUCCUGGGACUUUGUUUCUUAAGUUUUUAUAGGGUCGACUAAUAAAGUGAUAUUAACGUUA